AUGGCCCUACGUGAGGAGCUGCGAAGUCGCCAGUUUUGGCGUGCCUUGCUGGCAGAGGUUCUGGGUUCCCUCAUCUUUGUGUCUGCAGUGCUGGGGUCUUCAGUGCCAGGACCUGCAGACAUGGCUCAGGGUCCCCUGUACCCAGCUCUGGCCGCUGGCAUGGUGGCCGUGGCGCUGAGCCAUUGCUUUGGCGAGAUCAGCGGCGCACAGGUGAACCCAGCCGUAACUCUGGCCUUUCUGGCCACACGACGGCUGGACCUGCUGAGGGCUGCUGUCUACAUAUUGGGCCAAUGCCUGGGCGCUACACUGGGGGCUGCUCUCCUCUACCUGCUCCUACCUCUGAAAUCCGCUGCAGAAGUGUAUCCCAGCAAGGUGUCCUCAGAAGGUAAUGCAGGCCAGGCUUUGGGCAUGGAGGUACUGGCUACUUUCCAGCUGGUCUUCACCAUCUUCUCUGUAGAGGAUCAGCGGCGGCGGGAGGGAAGCGAGCCGGGAAAUCUGGCCAUCGGCUUCUCCUUGAGCGCCGGCGUACUGACCGCGGGUCGAUUUUCUGGAGGCAGCAUGAAUCCUGCUCGUUCUUUGGGUCCCGCUAUUAUCACAGGUUUUUGGGAACAUCACUGGGUGUACUGGAUAGGCCCAGUGUUGGGCUCCGUGCUGGCUGGUGUGUCCCAUGAGUUCUUUUUUGUGGCCAGUGCCUCUCGCCAGAAGCUGGUAGCCUGUCUCACCUGCAAGGACAUCGAGAUCAUGGAGGCCGCCAGCGUGUCCCGCUCCUCCUUGUCCACUGUCACACAGGCAGCCAUGAGGGCCAAACAGGCUAACAAGCAAGACCACAACUGA